CACUAAAUGUCGUUUCUGCUUGUCAUUUCUCGCCUCUGAAAUUUUUUGCCGCAAAUUGCAGGUAAUUUCGCGAAGAAGUACCGGAGUCGCAGGAAGCCAAACCACAUAUAAAACAAAACAGCCUGGCACCUAGCAAGCGGUGCAGACGUCACAGUAAAAUUCGAACCGAAAACCACAAAAAAGCACAAACAUGCCGUCGCUGGAGGUGAGCGUAAACAAAGUGAUAGUGCAUCCUUUGGUACUGCUGUCCGUGGUGGACCACUUUAAUCGGAUGGGAAAGAUCGGCAACCAGAAGCGCGUUGUUGGCGUCCUCCUGGGCUGCUGGCGAUCCAAAGGAGUCCUUGACGUAUCAAACAGUUUUGCGGUGCCAUUCGACGAGGACGACAAAGAUAAGUCCGUUUGGUUCCUGGAUCACGACUACCUGGAGAACAUGUACGGAAUGUUCAAGAAGGUAAACGCCAGGGAACGCGUCGUAGGAUGGUAUCACACUGGUCCUAAACUCCACCAGAACGACAUAGCCAUUAACGAGCUGGUCCGCCGCUAUUGUCCCAACUCCGUGCUGGUAAUCAUCGAUGCAAAGCCCAAGGACCUCGGUCUACCCACAGAAGCGUACAUAUCUGUAGAAGAGGUCCACGACGAUGGCUCGCCCACUAGCAAGACUUUCGAGCAUGUACCUAGCGAGAUUGGCGCCGAGGAGGCGGAGGAGGUUGGCGUUGAGCACCUCCUGCGCGAUAUUAAGGACACCACCGUGGGCAGCCUGUCGCAGAAGAUUACUAACCAGCUGAUGGGCCUUAAGGGCCUAAAUGCCCAACUGCGGGACAUAAAGCAGUAUCUGCAGCGCGUCGGUGACAGCAAGAUGCCCAUCAACCACCAGAUUGUUUACCAGCUGCAAGACAUUUUUAACCUGUUGCCCGACAUAACCAACGACCAGUUCACGGGUACCAUGUACGUGAAGACCAACGACCAGAUGUUGGUCGUCUACCUGGCCUCUAUGGUGCGUUCGAUCAUUGCCCUGCACAACCUGAUAAACAACAAGCUGGCGAACCGCGAUGCCGAGGAGGGCAAGAGCGAUAGCAAGGACGCCAAGGAGAAGAACAAGGAGAGCAAGGAUAAGGACAACAAGGAGACGAAGGACAAGGAUGGCAAAAAGUCGGAGGAGAAGACCGACAAGGGCAAGGACGAGGGCGGCAAGGGUUCGCGCAAAUAGGAGCGAAAGAAGAAGCGCAAGCCUCGUCGCAAGCGAAAGAAGCAGGGGCCGCAGGAUUAGCUGCUGCUUCUGGCGUCCAAGAACUGGAACAACGUCUCCACUUUUCCGGCGUGGAUGUGCAGUAGUCUCAGAAAAUCAAUCAUUGCUACCAUUCAUCGUUCAUUGUCCCUAUGAAAUCAAGAUCCUUCUUUAUUAUUUCGUCAGCUACGCGUAACUAACUAACGGCAAGUUUAUGUAAUUAAAAAUUAAAUAAUUUAAAUACUCUGA